AGAGCCGGGUGCUAAACAGAAAAGGAAGACACUCGAAACUUUUACAAAACCCUUUUUCUUGCUCAAGAACCAAAGCAAGGGCGGCAGGACGGCUUCAUAGAGCAUUAGUGCACAUUAUACAAGUAUGUGACCCGUGUGUUCACCGUGUGGAGUGGAGUUGAGCCUCCCCGGAGAAGAAAAGAUUAACUUGAGACAUGAGCAUCAGUCUACACGACCACACGGUGUAAGAGGCAGUCACCAUGGCAACGCAGUUUAGUAUCGAUGAUGCCUUUGUGUUGGAGGGAGAUGAGGAGGGAGCUGUGUCUGAUGGAGAGACAGACGGAUGGAAGGGCAGAGACAAGGACAGAGAAGGAGGAGAGAUGACAUUUGGUCCUCUUUCUUUCUCUAAACCUCAAACUCAUCCCUCGCAUGAUGCUGCAGGCUCCCCUGAUCACAGUAACCUGAAGUAUCAGAAUCUGGAAAAUGAAGAUGCCUUGGGAAGCAAUGGCAACUCCUCUUUCAAUAACUUCUUCAAAAUCAGCGACCCUGCCACUCUGUCUUACUGCAGCUCCCAGUGGUCCUUCAGCACCUUGAGCUCUGUCACACAUCUUUCUGCACACUGCUGCGGGUGGGUGUCUCAUCCGCUGGUGAAGAAAAACAGAAGAGUUGUUCUCGCUUCAUUCCUUCUCCUCAUCACUGGAGUUGCUCUCAUUUUCACGGGUGUCGUCAUACAGCUGAAUCCAAAUGCAGGUGUUUCGAGUGCUAUUUUCUUUGUACCUGGGUUUCUUCUCUUCAUCCCUGGAGUGUACCAUGUGAUUUACAUCAGCUGUGCGGUCAGCGGAAAAAGAGGCUUCAAACUGUUCUACCUACCUUAUUUUGAAAAAUGACAUUUCAUGAGACACUACAUUUCCACUACAUCUCUUUGUGUGCCAUCGUAAAAUGAAUUUAUAUUUUGUCACUUUUAACUCAAAAAAUGUAUUGUCACAUUUGUUGUUUUUUCUUGUCAUUGUGAUGACCACUACUAAUUCAGCCACUCAGUGCCUCCACUGCCUUUCCACUACAUGAACUGACGACGCUGUGUGUGUGCACCAGAAAGAAGGAGAUUGGUCUUGCCUGUGUUUUCCAUGUUGUGUGAAUAAUGACUGUGAAAUUACAAUAAAACUUUUUUUGUAUAUUUUAA